AUGCCAGCGCUUUCAGAAUCGAUCCCGGCAGGGAGAACUGGACCAAUCAAAGCACAGAUCCAGAUUUGCAUUGAUGAACAAAGUCCAUACGAAUUCCUUGCUCUGAACAGACAACUUUAUCAAUUCAUUUUUGGCGAUCAAUUAGACGACAGUGAAAGGAUUGUCUCAUUGAAGCUUCUGGGUUCGAACAUUUUCCAUACUAGUAAGCUGUAUCCGGUUGUCUAUGAUACGGAACUGGCUGAGAACUACGUCGAGCUCCAUAGUGCAAGACUACUUGCUAGAUAUGGGGCAGACUUCACGUUGGAUAAAUGUCUAAUUCUUCCAGUUAGCACGGUAGUCCCACUUACGAGGGCAAUUUUGAGCUUCCCACCAGAGGUCUACAAUUUACUUGAGCAGUACCCAAAGCAAAAACUACUGGAGAUACUGGCGGACGAGAUCGGGGGAAACGUCCAUCAAUUUUUGGUGCACCAAAACGACGUUUUCAAUACUCUUCAUGGCACUAUCAUCCAUUGCGAGCCAGUUGAUCAAGGAUACAUAACUCCAAGCACACAUUUAAUCAUUUCGAAACAAAGCAAUCUUACAAGCUCACCAGACAAACCAUCAAUCGAAACCAUACCAGUACAGACACCAUUGGCAUCAGAGGAGUUACCUUCUGUUUCUGAUUUUGAGCUAGAAAAGUUUGGCAUUGACUCUUCGUCGAUCUUUGACAGCACAAUCUUCCAGCCUUUGGAGCUAAAAACGGCUCUACUAGAACACAAUACACUCGCCAACUAUACACAAGUCUACAACUCCAGUUCAGAAUUUGACCACGAAGACAACCAGCUGUUUGUCUGUGUCAGAUCAAACGAGUUGGAAAAACUGGGAUGUUUUAGUGGUGAUGUGGUUCAAUUAACGUCUCGUCAAUGCGACUGUGCUAGUGGACUUUUAUGCGCUUGCGCAAACAGAACUGACCGAACGAUAUAUGUUCGAGUGUUUCCUUUCAUUGAUCCGAAUACCUUUGAAUACGAGACAAUCCACAUAUCUCCAAUGCUACUCAACACCAUUGGAAACCCUCGCACAGUGACAAUCAAUCGAAUCAAAGACCAAGAACAGAGAGCAGAUUUGCCUCGCAACAAAAUCGACAAGUUUGUUCCCCUGGCCAAGGAGAUCGUGAUUGCUAGAGUAGCCUCCCCAGUCACUUUGGAUAGAACCAUGCAGCACUUGUUUCUUUCCAACUUGAAGUCAUAUUUUGAAGAGAGAUAUCGAGUUAUCAUGAAAGAUCAAUUAGUCCCUAUACCAAUCGAUGCCCUCCUCGCCAGGGCCUUAUUCAGCACAUAUGAAGCAUCAGGAGACGAGUUUUUCCCCAAGAUCAUUCCAACCGGAUUACCAACAGAAAUUGCAUGGUUCAAAAUAACCGGUGGUUCUCUUGAAGACGAAAGUGGAGGAGAAUUGGUCAAUGGCCAACAGUACGUUAUUGAUCCAUCAAAGACUAGGAUGAUCCAAUCAGGAGUUUGCACAGAAAAAAUCGGACUAGCAGACGGAAUUUCGUAUCAACAGAUUCGAGACUUUUAUGGCUUACCGAAGAUGUUUUCAUUCCCAAACUUCAACUUGUCCAACAGUAUAACGUUCCCGUAUGCACAACAGUUACGGAAAAUCGUUGAUACCGCUUUCAGAAUUAGAAACAAGUUUUCUUCACGAAUGACACUACAAACGACAAUCCUUCUUAAUAGUAUGGUUAGAUGCGUCGGUAAGUCCAUGCUUGUCCGCAGCAUUGCGACAGAAUUUGGUGCCAAUCUCCUUGAGUUGGACAGUUUCGAGCUUUUCAAUCAGUCAUCCGCCAGCAAGACAAUCGGAACCAUCAGGGGAAAGGCAGACAGAGUAGUUGAUAGUUGCAAUUCGUUGAUUAUUCUCAUUCGUCAUAUCGAUGCAUUAGCAAAGAAACCAGAUCCAAAUCAACAACAGAAAGAUACGCUGGCACUCAAAUUAGUCGAACUGAUUGAUGAGUAUACGGCGAAAGGAGCAAUUGUCAUUGCCACCACGAAUGAUGCUGACAACAUGUCUGAAUCCCUGAGAUCAAAACUAAAAUUUGAAAUUAACCUCAAUGUCCCUACAGAGCCUGAACGGAAACUUAUCUUGGAAUAUUUACUUGAAGGGUCAAGUGACGUUACUACACGUCAAGACGUUUCUUUAGACACAUUGUCUCUCCAGAGUGCAGGACUGACAGCCAACGAUCUGAUGUCGAUAGUUGAAAAUGCGAAGAAAACAGCCAUCGAUAGACUUGAAGAUUUGUCAGUGGAUCUUUCCAUUCCGUGGGAGCAAGUCCUCGCAUUUGACGGAGGGAAGGUGAAGCUUGGGUCAGAAGAUUUCGAGAAAGCCAUCAACAGUGCAAGAAACAAGUUCAGUGAUCUGAUCGGAGCUCCAAGAAUUCCAGACGUUAAAUGGGAAGAUGUUGGAGGACUGGACGUUGUCAAAGACGAAAUCCUGGAUACCAUUGAGCUUCCAUUGAAACACCCAGAGCUUUUCAGCAAAGGAAUGAAGAAAAGAAGCGGUAUUCUGUUCUAUGGCCCUCCUGGAACUGGAAAGACGCUUCUUGCCAAGGCAAUUGCAACCAAUUUCGCAUUGAACUUUUUCUCUGUCAAGGGUCCCGAACUUUUGAAUAUGUAUAUUGGAGAAUCUGAAGCCAACGUGAGAAGGGUGUUCCAAAAAGCACGCGAUGCCAAACCUUGUGUGAUUUUCUUCGAUGAGCUGGAUUCUGUUGCGCCUAAGAGAGGUAACCAAGGUGAUUCUGGCGGAGUGAUGGACAGAAUUGUUUCUCAGCUUUUGGCAGAGCUCGAUGGUAUGAGUGGAGCAGAAGGCGGAGACGGCGUGUUUGUGGUUGGUGCUACCAACAGACCAGAUCUUUUAGACGAGGCUCUUUUGCGUCCAGGAAGAUUUGACAAGAUGCUGUAUCUGGGCAUCUCAGAUACGCACGAAAAGCAGGCCAAGAUCAUCCAAGCAUUGACACGGAAAUUCGAGCUGGAGUCGUCUGUGGACCUUCAAGAGAUCGCAGACUCUUGUCCUUUCACUUAUACAGGAGCCGAUUUCUAUGCCUUGUGUUCGGAUGCGAUGUUGAAUGCCAUGACUAGAACUGCCGGAGUUGUGGAGAAUAAGAUUAUCCAGUACAACGAUCAGCGUCCGGAAGGACAGAAGAUCAACAUCCGGUACUGGUUUGACAACAUUGCAACUCCAGAAGACAUCAAGGUUCAUGUGACGACCCAGGACUUCACCAAAGCGCGACAGGAGCUUAUUCCGUCUGUUUCAGCAGAGGAGCUUGAUCAUUAUCUGUCCGUUCGGAGGAGCUUUGAGAGUGGAAAAGCUCAAGAGAACGGACAUUCCGAGGCUCAUGAAAUAGUGAUUAAUCAGGAUUGA